AUGCAACUUCAAGUCUCCCAUUGGAAUAAAAUAAAUUUGCAACAAAUUGCAAUUUUAUUGGCUGAUUUAAUGUAUCAGAAAAAUGAAGGAGAAGAGGCUAUGAAACACUUUGCACAAUUAUUGGAAAGAAAUCCAAGUCAUUAUCAUGCCUUAGCCCGUUAUAUUGAAUUAUGUUGGCGUCGGGGAAAUAUUGAAUUAGGUGAAAAAAUGUUGAGGAAUGCUUUAGAAAGCAAUCCUAGAGCUACAGUGGAUGCUGGAUUUAAUUUUUGUAAAGGCCUUAUUGAAUGGUAUACAGGAGAACCAAAUUCAGCACUUCAAGCAUUUAACCGUGCUCGCCGUGAUUUGGAAUGGGGAGAGAGAGCAUUGUAUAAUAUGAUUGAAAUUUGUUUAAAUCCGGAUAAUGAAAUUAUGGGAACAGAAAAUAAUGAACAUCAAUUAACUGUGGAAGAGGCAAAUGAAGCUAAUGAAUCUUAUAGAGCAGCAGACCGGUUUUUCCACGAAUUGAGACAUAAAUCUAUGUUGGAUAGAAGAUAUAAACUUAUUGAGAAUUUUAUUCUUUUGGCUAGUCCAAAUAGAUCGAAUAUACAGAGAGCUUUAAAUAAUUUUUUGGAAAUGGCCAAAACUGAUGGAACACAAGAAAGUGAAGCAAAUGUUAGCGCCGGUGCAAUCCUUGGAUCAGCUAGAGCUAUGUUAAUGAUGAAACAAACACAAAAAGCUAAAUUACAAUUAAAAAGAGUUUUAACCCAUGCUUGGAGUUUGGAAGAGGCUGAUUAUUUACAGCAAUGUUGGCUUUUAUUAAUUGAUAUUUAUAUAAAUCAAGGAAAGAAUGAACAAGCGAGUAAUGUACUCAGAACUGUUUUACAACAUAAUUCAAGUUGUAGUAAAGCUUAUGAAUAUAUGGGAUUUAUUUGUGAAAAAGAACAAAAAUAUUUUGAUGCCGCGGCUAAUUAUGAGGCUGCUUGGAAUGUUUGUAAAAGGCGUAACCCUGGAAUAGGUUACAAACUUGCAUAUAAUUACUUUAAGUGUCGAAGACUGAUUGAAUGUAUAGAAGUCUGUCAUGCAGUAUUAAAACGUUAUCCAACUUAUCCAAAAAUUAAAAAAGAAAUUUUGGACAAGGCUAGAGCAAAUAUAAGAAUGUGA